AUGAGGCCCUAUGGAUCUCCGGGCCUUGUCAACUGGCAACAUUCAUAUAUCAACAAAAGCCGUUUCUGGAAUACCCGAUCAGUACCGCCAGUUAGUCCACACACGUUAGGGCAAUGGUGUCGCAUCCCCCGAUCCAAUGCCGCCGCCCAUUUCAUAACCAAGCGAACAGGAGCCCACAAGCCUCCGCAUCAACAACCCUGUCUCCCACCUCAAACCAAGCUCCUCUCCAAGUUGCCCGCACCAUGGGUUCCUUAUGCUGAGCUCCUCCGAUUACACAAUCCUGUUGGAAUAUACUACCUCUUUUUCCCAUGCGUCUUCUCGACACUGGUGGCUGCGUCCAUGACGACUCCGAUAACAUCGCCUGGUUCUGUUAUUGGCACAUCCCUUUUGUUCAUGUCCGGAUCAAUCGUCAUGCGAGGAGCUGGAUGCGCCGUCAACGACCUCUGGGAUCGGAACCUAGAUCCUCAUGUGGCUCGGACCCGACUGCGGCCUUUGGCCAGAGGCGCGAUCACUCCAUUUCAGGGUUUGAUGUGCACAGGUUUCAGUCUUCUCGCAGGUCUGGGAAUCCUCCUUCAAUUUCCCUCACCAUGCGUUCUGUAUGGGAUACCCAGCUUGUUGUUGGUUGCGAGCUACCCUCUAGCUAAGAGAAUCACUUAUUAUCCUCAAUUUGUCCUCGGCUUAACUUUCUCAUGGGGUAGCCUGAUGGGAUUCCCUGCUCUUGGCCUCGAUAUAAUGUCGGAUCUUACAAUACUUACGACAGCCGGAUGUCUUUAUGCCGCUAGUGUUGUGUGGACAAUUCUUUAUGAUAUGGUCUACGCACACUUAGAUAUUAACGAUGAUGCAGGAGCUGGUAUCAAGAGCAUUGCCCUAAAGCAUGAGGCAAAGACGAAGUACAUUUUGACAGGAUUGGCAGCUGGCAUGGUGGGACUGCUGGCUGGGGCUGGAGUUGCCUCCGGAGCGGGCAUAACGUUCUAUAUUACCAGCUGUGGAGGAGCGAUGCUGACACUUGGUGCUAUGAUCACACGCGUUAAGCUUAAGAAUUCGGAGAAUAUUUGGUGGUGGUUUUGCAACAAUUGUUGGAUGACUGGCGGCAUCAUUGGUCUUGGGCUCGCGAUCGAUUAUGGUUUGAAUUAUACUGAAGACCAAAGCGAGGAGUCUCAGUUGAUAUAA